GGGCGGAUCACCUGAGGUCAGGAGUUUGACCAUGAGACCAGCCUGGCCAACAUGGUGAAACCCCGUCUCUACUAAAAAUACAAAAAGUAGCUGGGCAUGAUGGUGCAUGCCUGUAAUCUCAGCUACUCAGGAGGCUGAGGCAGGAGAAUCACUUGAACCUGGGAGGCGGAGCUUGCAGUAAGCCGAGAUCGUGCCACUGCACUCCAGACUGGGCGACAGGGUGAGACUCAGUCUCAAAAAAAUAAAUUAAAAAAAUUAUUAUUCUCAUUUAUCAUGUACCUAGUCCAUAAUAGACAUCUAAUAGAUAUUCCUUGAAUGAUUUAAUGAAUGAAUGAACAAUGUGGUUACUCUGAACCCAUUGAUGGAAUAUUUAGGGUUUCAGAUUGCAUCCAUACUAAUAUUAUAUCUCCUGCCAGAAGUCUGGGGUCAGGGGUUGAUACGUAAUUGUGGUUUUUCUUGUUUUCCUAAUUUUUGCAUGAGUUUAUUUUGUUAUCUGUUGAUUUUCAUCUUAAGUGUCAAACAUAAAGGGUCAUUUCAAUUCAACAGACAUUUAUUAAACCCUUAUUAAAUGCCAGGGAAGACAUCAUCUCUACCUUCAAGGAGUUUCCAGUCUAGCAGUAAUUUCAAACAUGUAAAGGAGUGGUAUUACAGUGGGGCAGAUUGUUACCAAGGUGCUAUGCAUCAUGGAGAAAGGGCAUUGUCUUACUCUGGGGAGCAGGGGAGUGACACCUGUGCGGGGUGCAGAAGGUACUGUAGACAGAGUGAGCAGCAAAAGCAAAGCUGAAAGUAUAGAUGAGUGGGGGUUGUGAGUCUCCAGAAUGUUGUUCUUCAGAACUGUUACUUGUAUUGCUAGAUUCGCUUUCAUAUAAACCCUCUUUCAACUUGAGGAACCACGUUUGAAUAUUUAUCAUCAGUUGUAACUAAGGUUUUACUUCUUGAACUGUAAUGCUUGAGUGGACUGAUUGUUCUGUGAAAGCAAUUAGAAAAUCAAGUCAGAUGGCACCAGAAAGCAGCACUGUGAACUCAAGGGGUACAGAAAAUGUACUCUGGCUUUGUUGCUAUGGUAACAAGUGGUUCUCCUGCGUUUUAGUUCCAUUAUAGGCCAUGGUGAUAACAGUUUCUCUUUGGGUAAUUAUGAAAAAUAAAAGAGAGAGAAAGAAAAGCCACAUCUUGGUGUUUGCCCCUGCGUCUAACAGCUGCAUUUUAUUCCUGCAACCGUUAAGGGUAUUGGAAUGAAUUCUCGUAAGGGGCAGCUAUUGUGAUAACUCUUCCCUGAGGAUCCAUGUGACAUUGGCUUUAUGAACACUUUCAAUGUGUGCAGGUUACAGGGAGGCUAAGCAUCCCUGGGCAAGCUAUGCUGCACAGCCAGAUCCACGAAUGGGAAUGCUGGGGUCUCUCACCUGCACUCAUAUUAACAGCCCUCUUGGUAAUUCUCCAGCAAGAUGCCAUCCUUUGGACCAGUGGUUUGCAACGGAGGUCAGUGGUGGGGAAAUGGGGGAGGAUUUUGCCACCCAGGGGACAUUUGAUAAUGCCUGGAGACAUUUUGGUUGUCACAACAAUGGAGGGAGGUGUGCAAAUGACAUUUAGUGGACAGAGGCCCAGGGUACUGCUAAAUGUUCUUCAAUGCACAAGACAGCUAGCACCACAUGGAGUUAUCUGCCCACACCGGUUCAUAGUGCUGAAGAUUAGAAACCCUGCUUUGGACCAUGAUUUUCAUCUUUUGGAAUGGCUGGCAUUCAGGAAGUACUAGCAGAACCAGUGUAUGAAUCUGAUGCUGUAAAAUGGAUUUCUUCGGGGUGAGUUUUCUGUGACUUCUUAGAGGAUGUCGGAGAUGUUCGGCCUUGGAAGAACGUGCAUUACAAAGGGCAGGCUCACCAGAGCCUUGCAGUGAAGGGCUCAUCUCACACUAGCAUGACUCAGAAGCCCAGCAGGCUCAGGUGCUCAGUUCCAGAAAAACAUUUCUCUUCUCCUGAUAUUGUAUUACUUGUUUAGAAUUUCACGUAGGUAGCUGAGCACGUUGAAAUGACACGUUUGUUGUAUUUAGUUUGAACACCAUAUGUUGACAGGGCUGCAAGCCCAACAAGCUGUUUUUUUAUAGGAUUUCAGCUAUCACCCUUUCAUCAACCUGGGAUCAAACAUACAAUAGAUAGCAAAAGAACACACACACACACACACACACACACACACACACACACACACACACACACACAUUAUUUGUUCUACAAAGGGGAUUUCAAGCAUAAAUCACUUAUCACGCUCUAUGCAAAUAUCAACGACCUGUCAGGUUACUUCUUAUUUUUCUGGGAAGCUCUCCCUUAAAGGAGCAAGAACAAACUGCCUUGUUGUUGGUAUCUAGGGGCUGUUCUGGUGACAACUGUGAGUGUCCAUAGUCGUGGAAUGUGCCCACUCAUCAGCCAUUUCUGUCAGGGUGAAUACCUCACCUGUCACAGGGAAAGGAUAUCAUACCUGUGUGUCUUAGAGUGUUCCCCAGCAGCAUCGUGGAGCUUCACAGCCUGACAUUUUUCUUCCUAGCCAAGAUGUUUCUGACAUGUCAGUCCACGUAUGUUUACUCCCAGUUUUGCCUAAGGCACCUAUGAUCACUGAUGCCAGUCAGCUACAAAUCAUCCAGGAAUCCUUCCAAAUCCCUGGACCUUGAUGCAUCCAUCUACUAAGGCUUUGUUAGCACAUCUCCAGCAGUGUGCCAGCCCCUAUGCUGAAGGAUGCAGAUCUAAAAAUCAGGAAGUUGUGGCUCAUGCUUUCAGGGGAACUUGGUAAGGGAAAGAAGGCACAUGUAGAAAAUAAAUGAUGACUUUUAAUCCAAGAGAAGGCAUGUACAGGGGCAGCGUAGCCCAAAGAGGUAGGGGUGCAUUGGCCUGUGGGUAUAGAGGAGGCUCCACUAGUGGAGGUGUGACUUUAGAGCUCGAGCCUAGAAGCCUAGUGAGAAUGUGCCCAGGCAGGAGAGAAAAGCUGGGAUGCAUGCCUGGGAGCACAAACCAAUGUGAGGUCUUCCAGGGACUCCCAAACAACACACAAUGGCUGCCUGGAUGUCAGAUUUCUGUUGCUAAUCAGAUGUAAUUGAACUGGCACUUGAGAAAGACAGUUUUGGCAGUGGAGAGUAAGCUAUAUGGAUUGGGGCUUGCGAAGGUGGGGAUGGCAGGCCAAAGCCAGGGAGACCAAUGAAUAAACCAUUGGUGGUGAGGACACAAAGGAAAUAAAACGUAUAGAUUCAAGAGAGAAUUCUGACAUGGGGCCCACUAGCCUUGGUGGCUUGUUGGGUUAGGGGCCAAAGGUGGUGUCUCAGCUGGCAGUGACAAAGGAAGGCUAGUGAAGAAUACGCUUCUCAUAGCUUUCACAACAUCUUGUUCCCAGCUGCCCCAGAGAAGUAUAGAAACCAAGUCAACAAAACUUACUCCCAGCCUCCCGCACCAAACUAUAUUGCUGCAUAUAAAACCCUGGAGGCAUCACUGGCCCCUGGCUUAGAAAAUUGGAUGAAGGUGAGACAUUUCAAUGAAACAUACUUUAUGGUAGGAGAGAAGUGUGGAUAAUGUUUGGUAUUUCACAUGAUAAAUUUGAGAUGCCUGUGGAAUGUACAUGCAGGGAUGUCCAGGGAGCUUUUUGGUAGGAGCUCAGAGAAAGAGCUAAGAUGAACGCACUCAUUUGGGAGGAAUUAAAGACUAGGCCAGUGGUUCCCAGCCCUGAGUGCAUCAUCUAUGGGGCCUUUCAGAAUCCCAAUGUCCAGGCCCACCCCCAGACCAAUUAUAUCACAACUAUACAGCAGCAUAUUUUAAGAGAUGGAGGAAUAGUUCCCAGAAAUCGUGCUGGUUCUCUGUGAGAGAAGAGGUAACUUUAAGUGGUGCCAGUUCAUGCAGGGGCUUGAGAAAAGAAGUGGAGUGAGUACAGGCUAAAAGCUGCAAGUCCUGGAAGAGGAAGGAAUGCAAUGGACUGAUGGCCAACCAGUGCUCUGAACCCCAUCUGGGAUAAGAAUUGUGGAUCUGUGUCUAGUCUGCAUAUUUGUGCACUCAUUUUGCCCCAGUGUACCUACCAUCCAACUUGAGGAAGGAGGGUAUGGUGGUAUGGUCUGAGACAACGGAAGGGCAAGAAGGGUUUCUGCAGCUGACUUUGGAAUCCAGGCUGGAUAAGGAAGGCACAAAAGUCAAGAGGGACUGAUGAUCCAGAAGAAAAUCAAGUAAGGAGGAAGGAUUGGAGGCUGUGCUCAAAGACUGGAAUAUUUGAGGUUAAGAUUUCCAAGUGGUACAAUUAUAGUGGAUGCAUGACAGAGAGUGGCUGAAUAUGCUUUGAGGCGAAAGCUGUUCCAAUUGAGGUGGAAAGCAUAAGUGUGGAGAAGUAUUUGUUUAGUCUUCUUGUACUCCUUUGUUCUAGAAGUCUGCCUUGGUUAUUCCCAAUUUCCUUAACAUAAAGGCUGUCCAAUGGUGACUGCAAGUGUUUUAGCACAGCUGUCUUCUAUAGAACGGGUUAUUAUUAUAUCUGUUAUUUUAAAACACCCACCCUUGCAUCACUAAAUAUACAUGUCAACCAAAUUCUUUAUAUUAAUUGACAAUUAUUUAUGAAAAUUGCAAUGCCUUAAGUGAAAAAUUUGUGGAGCCAGCAUCCCUUAGAAACACCUUUCUUGCUAGAACCAUGUGUUCUUGCUUUGUGACUGUUUGCAUGUUUUAUUGCUAAGUCUGUAGAUAACAUUCUUUCUUGAAGAUUAUUAAUUAUGUAUACAAGUACCCCUGUGUAAAAGUAUUCACUUGGAAGAGACCCAGGAAACUAAGGCAGGGGCCAGCAAACUGUUCCUGUAAAAAGCCGAGAGUAAAUAUUUUCAGCUUUGCAGACUAGACAAUCUCUGACACAACUACUCAACUCUGCUUUUGUAACCUUAAAGCAAACAUACAAUACAUGAAUGAGUUGUGGCUGUGUUCCAAUAAAACUUUAUUUACAAAAAUAGGCAGUGGGCUGGAUUUGGUCUGAGAGCUGUAGUUUGUUGACCCCUGAUCUAAGAUAAUAAAGGACUCUAGUGGAUUAUUUUUGUGGGAAGGUUUCCAAGUUCAUAUUUUAAUUGAUUUGACUUUUCAAUUUUGGCUUUAAUAAAACCAUUUAAAUCAUAGUUUGUUAUGGUGCUAUAGAAAUGAAGUAACUUGUAAAUGAUGACACAUGGAAGGUUCUAACUACAGAUGGGUUUGUGGAAAACUAAUAGGUCAUGAUAUUCUGAUGUAGACAGUCAUCAGGCUUGUCAUCUUAACUUACUCCCUUGAAGACUCAAGUACCUCCUCCCUCAUCUUGGAGAAAGUGCGUGUCUGACGCUACAGUGUCAUUUCCUUCAACCAUGUAAUCCAUAGGCACAAGUGAAACAGUGUAAUUCAAUGUUGACUAGACCAAUGACGGUAUUCUAAACUAUUUCCUUAUGGAAAUUCAGUGUCUUCUGGGAAAACUAACAUUAGAUUGCAAAUCUGUUCCUAGCAUUUAGAGACUCCUCAUUAAUAAGCACUUUUUUUAAUAGUAAAAUAUGGCCUGGCCAAAAAAAAUCUCUGACAAGAUGUGAGACUCAAUGUCGUUCUUAUGAUUUAGAAGGUAGGCUGAAGUGAGAUAUACUUCCCUACAAAUAAAAUAGAUAUUCCUUAAAAUGUCAAUCGAAGUUAUGUGGUUUCAUUGUCUCUGUAAAGUAUUUACAUAUUUGCAACUAAGGCCUAUUAAAUAUUUAUUAUUAAGGUUGCCACCCUCUGAGGUGGUUUGAUGUUUCAGUCAGGGCCCAGAGGUUUUUUAAAUUUUUUUUCAUCAGUCAUUCUUUGGAAUUAAAUGUGUGUACGUUGGUAGGACAGAAAAGGAACGGAAUGUCAGCUUUCUGCCAACAACUCUUCUGGCUACAAGAGAAUUUCUCAUUUUUUUUUUCUUUUCAGUGUGAGUCACAUGGAGAAUUUAUCUGAGGAGGGCAUCAAAAGAAGGAGUGAAAAGCAAUUAAGGAGAAAAAACACAGUUCCUUACAUCCAUGUUGGUCCAUAUUGGAAAAUGAAUACUGAGUAUCAUGGCUGGUUAUCAAUUUCUUUUCUUUCUAAAGCCCAGUUACUGAAUUUUUCACUUGGAACGUGCCCAGAUAAGAUGGAACUUAUUCAGGCUCCAUUCUUAAAAAAAGAUACCAGAAGUCAUGAUCUGCCUUUCUCACUCUGGACAUGGAAAUUCUCAUCACAGUGGUCAGUUGAGGUGAUUUCAAGGAAUAAUACCUGAAGGGAUCCUUUAAUUCAGGUUGUAGAACAAAAGCCCAAACAUAUCAUUAACAAUAAUUAACCUCUCAGAUGUAAUAAAUUACUUUUAAAUAAGUUAGUUUAUUGAGAAAUGUAAUUUGAACAUAUAUAAUAACAACAGUCUGACACUAACUUCUGUACCCUCUGCUUGAAGCAACUGGGGAACUCUGACUGUGGUGUGAUGGGAAGUUAACUUUACUCAACCUGUGAGACUGGGUCUUUCUUCUGAACCAACCACAGGGCAUAAGGUUCAUGCUGAUGUGCUUUGGAAUGUGCAUGGCCCAUCCUAUCUAUUGCUCCAGCUUCUGCUGGCUUUAAUUCAGAGUUUCUCAACCUCAGCACUGUUGAUAUUUGGGCCACAUGUGAGAGGCCAUCCUGUGCACUGUAGGAUGUUUAACAGCAUCCUUGGCAUCUACCCACUAGAUGCCAGUAGUGCCCAACCCCUGACCCUCGUCAGGACAACCAAAAUGUCCCCACACAUUGCCCAAUGUCCUCUGGGAGGCAGAAUCACCCUGGUUGAAACCACUGCCCUAAUAAGAUGUUGCAAAGUUCCAGAUUUGAUAUCAUUGAACUGAUAUUCUAAAAAGCAUUGGCUACAUCUGCAUGCUGCUGCCCUAGGCUUCUCUUGACAUAUUUGAUCUCAACUUUGCAUUGAGUCUUGGAGAGAAGGGGCAAUGUGUGUAGGAUGUCCACACAUCUAGGUUUGCCUAGGAUAAUCCAGUUUUUGUCUAUCAUCUGGAUGUAAUUAUUAAGUAGCACCACCUUGAAAAGUGACACAGUAAGAGUGAAAAUUAUCUGGCCCCCAUGUGGUCUUGGAAAAUGGGGAAGAGUUUUAAGAGUUCUUACAAUGUCAGAAAACUUUUACCUUGCAGAGGUUUUUGAUGCCUUCCUGUCCUAUUUUAAGAGCCUGGAAAUUCAACUAUUUCAUGCCCAUAUGGACCACAUAUUCAAGUCUUCAGCCUUAACUCUUAACAGCUUCAGUUUUUGUCCAAGUAGGCAAAGUGAGCUCAGACAACAAGGAAAAGAACAGUGCUUUUAAAAGAAUGUUCUUCUCAAUAAAAAUAAAUUCUAAAGUUCUAAGUAGGGAGUUACUGCUGAGUUUAUAAUGGCUUUCAUAUUUGCUUUUACAAUCACAGUAUUGCUGGGCUCAGGCUUCCUGCUUGGAAAAGUGCUUUGCAAUGCUUCAGACAGAAGAGAAUGAUUUUAGAACAGGCUGGGCUAUGAAACAAGAGAGUUGAAGAAGCCCGAAGUGGUUUGAAAGCAGUCAUUCCUUUGGUGUUAAAGAUAGGGGGAAAAAGAUUGUUCCCCCUUAUUAAAUCCUGUUCACAUGUAGACAAGAGUGCUUGUUAAAGCCUCAAGUUGACAUUUGCAUUGUGUGGUUCUCUGGUGUGUACCUUUGCUAAAAUAAGUAUGCAAAAGUCUCCAGGUAGUAAUAUGCCCUUGACCCUGUAAUCCGAAUCGGUCUCUCACCUGGAAAUGUGAAGACAAGAUGUUUGGCUAGUAAUGAAGGUAAGAUAAUCAUGUGGGACCACACCAUUCAAAAGGUUGUCUCAUGCUCACAAGAUGAAUGCUAUAUUUCCAGCCAUCAUGCCCAUGUAUCAGACAGAAAGAAUAAGGAAGAGGGGAGCUCAAAAGGGCAUCCUUGCUGAGACAGCUUCCCAAAAUUACUGAAGCCCUCAACCUAACACUUGCUCUCCAAUAUCGAUAGUUUUUUCAGCCAGGUAUUUUUACCACCUCCUUCAGUAUUAUCUUACCAAUAAAUGACAGGAGAAUGGAUAUUGGGUAGACAAUUAGCAAGCUCUGGUAUAUAGCCCAACUUUUGCUAAUGUUUAAAAGUCAAAACCACACAAAUCUUCUAAACCAGUGGUCAACAUUCGCUGCCUGUGGACUAAAUUCAGCCCACUGACUGUUUUGGUAAAUAAAGUUUUAUUGGGACACAACCACACCCCUUCAUUUACAUAUGGUCUGUGGCUGCUUUUGUGCUGUCAAACAGAAUAGUUGUGACACAGACUGUAUAUAUGACCUCCGAAGUCUAAAAUGUGGUCUCUCUGGCCCUUUAUAGGAAAAUGUUGCCAACCUCUGUUCUAAACAGAUAACUCAAUGAAAAAAAUGGGCAGAAGACAUGAACAGACACUUUACAAAGAGGAUAUCCAAAGACCAAUAAGCACAUGAACAGGUGUUCCAACUCAUUAGUCACCAGGAAAUAUUUUUUUUGUUUGUUUUCAUUUUUGUUUUGUUUUUUUGUUUUGUUUUGUUUGAGACGGAGUCUCGCUCUGUCACCCAGGCUGGAGUGCGGUGGCACAAUCUCAGCUCACUGCAAGCUCUGCCUCCCAGGUUCAUGCCAUUCUCCUGCCUCAGCCUCCCGAGUAGCUGAGACUGCAGGUGCCUGCCACCAUGACUGGCUAAUUUUUUGUAUUUUUAGUAGAGAUGAGGUUUCACCAUGUUAGCCAGGAUGGUCUCGAUCUCCUGACCUCGUGAUCCACCCACUUCGGCCUCCCAAAGUACUGGGAUUACAGGCGUGAGCCACCGCACCUGGUAGGAAAUGUUAAUUUAAACCACAGUGGGAUGGCACUGCUUUCCCAUCAGAAUGGCUAUAAUCAAGAAAUAAAGAGGGAACUGACAAUAUCAAGUAUUGCAUUAAUACGGGACAACUGGAACUCUUGUACAUUGCUGGUGGCACUGUGGGUUGGUAUAAAGACUUUGAGAAGCUGUUGGGCAGUGUCUACUAAAGUAGAACAUAUGUCCCCCUCUGUGAUGGAGCCAUUCCACUCUCAGGUAUAUGCCCAACAGAAAUGCCUACGUAUAUUCACCAAAAGGGAUGGACCAGAAUGUUCACGUUGGCACUAUUUAUUAAUAAUCCAAAGUUGGUAACAACCAAAAUGUCUAUCAACAAUAGAAAAGGGAAAACUGUGUUUUAUUCAUACGAUGGAAUACUUUUAGCGAUGAAGAGGAGUCUCACUACCUGCUACAACAUAUAAUAUUGACAAGAGAAACCAGACAAAAAAGACUGAUUCUGUGGCCUUAAAGUUCAGAAACAGGCAAACAGAUCAAUGGUGUUUGAAGUCAGAAUAUGGUUCCUUUUAGGGGUAGAGAUCAGGAGAGGACUCUUCAUGAUUUGGGUGGUCGUUAUACAGGGGGUUCACUUUGGCAAAAUGCAGAGUUGUACACUUAUGAGUUCAGAAUUUUUCUCCUUAUAUGUUGUAUUUCAAUAAAGAGUUUCAAAAUCAAAAAAAAAGAAUGCACAUCUCUUUAAUGAUAGAAAUGUAUCAGCAUUGCUCUCCGCCAGUUUUCUAUUGAAAAUGAUGCCUAUGACAUGUCCCUCAUGAAACAACCACAUGAACCUACAUAAUUAGCCCUGGCCCUUUGGAUUCUAGUCUUAUUCACAAAUGGAAUAAAUUUUCUGAUUGCAGAUUUUUGCAUUUGACUACGUCUACCCUGACAGUGUGACUGACUAGGUGGUCUCAGCUCCACACACCCCAUGGCAAAAAUAAAAAGGUUGUGUCUAAACUGCAGUGGAUUAACCCACUGAGCAGACUGCGUGCCCCUGGGCUUUCUUGCCAAAGGAGAGAGCAAAGGAUGCAAAGAAGCUGAAUGUGGAAUUUAUGGACCCUAAGAAGGCAAUUUGGAAGGAUUUUUUCCCCCGUUUCUGUUUAGUCUUAACUUGGUGAAAUUGUAAAGAAGUGCUGGAGACUGGGGGAGCUGUUUGUAUGCAAAGUGUUGUCUGCCUCAGUUGUGCUCCUGAAUUUUGACUGGCUGCCCAGUCUUAUGUGGGAAGCUGAAUAAAAUGUGUAUACUUCUAAAAAAAAUCAAUUUUAGAUUUUACAAAAGGAGUCAAAUAUUAUUACUCCCAAAGGAAGAAUUGAGGCAGUUUUUUUUUUUUUUUAAGAAGAGGGUCAGAAGAAACAGCCAGGUCUUUUUUAAAAAUCACCCAAAUUUUUUGGCUGACAUAUUCAGUUAAAUUUGUCCCCUCUCAUUGAUGCCGGUGGGGAGUUAUAAAGGAAAGAAAAAUAUUAAAUGCUAAAAAUGAAUAGAAGGGAUGUAAUAAUCCAAGAAUUAGGGCAAUUGAUGACAAUUUUUUAAAGACACUGCUGUAAAUGAAAUUUAAAUAACUGUAAAGCUAGAUAUUCAAUCCAAUAGUUAUAUACAUAAGAUGUACUAGUUAUUGUUUCAUAAUUAUCCAAAAUCUUUCAUUUAAAAAUAUCAUUUUAUGUUUCUUAGACUGUAUAUGUGUAUAUGUUACGUAUAUGUGUGUAUAUAUAUUUCAAAUACAUAUGUGUAGAAAUUCAUGAGAUUUUUUUUUAAGUUACCAUCCUCCAAAGGAAAAAAAAAAACCUGGCAAGUGAUGAGAAGGAAUUGGAGCUGUGUACAAGAAUCUUAGAAGAUUUAGGUGAUCUCGAUGCAGCCUCCCAGGUCUCGUGUAGCACCUAAAAGGAUCAUUUUUUAAAAAGAAAUCCAAAUAUUAGUUUAGGAGAAAACACAGAAAAUCUCAUGACUCUCGAUUUUGUGAAAAUUAAAAUCUGACAGUAGAAGGCAAAGUGGCAUGGCCCCUGUGCUUGGGUUACCGCUGCUUCCCAAGGGGCUCCUUAGGGAAAUAACUUCCCUGUUCCUUCUCUUUUUUACUUGGCAGUCCCAGGAGGACAGUUGAGUUGGGGGACUAGGGGCAUUGGAACAAGUGUGUCCUUGCCAGGCUCCUGUGGUUGGCUGCUAAUUGGGCUUCUCACUUUGUGAACCAAAACGUUUGGAGAGUCUUGUCUUAGGAAAAGCAAAUUAUUCUGCCCCGUGAUGUCCCUUCAGUGUGGAAACAUCAAGGAGAUAGGUCUCACUGAUAACAGAGUUGAUCAGGGGAGAGUAUGCAAAGACAAGACCCAAUUAUCAAAGCACAGCCUUUUUAAAGGGUUUUGAGUAGAUUGCACUUGUUUUGGUGAGAAACCAAAUUAGAGAGUUCUGCCUCCUAAACUCUACAUAGACUAAUGUGUUGUUGGGAAUCACCCCUGCUCUGGGAGUCGCAUUUACCUCUUGGUCAUACUGAAUUCCUUCGUAGGAGGGCCUUUGAUAUAUUUAUUCUGUAACCAAAAAUGGCAGCCCUGAGAUUGGAGAGCAUCCCUUUGAUUUCCUGUGGACUGUCCUUUUCUGGAGAUAUGGUUUAUUCUUUCCUAAGGGUCGGAAUUAUGAUUCUGAAAAGUUUUGCUUUUGAAAUACUACAUCACAGUGUCCUAAUGAGAAUGGUGAGCCAUCUGCAGCAUUCAGCACUUGGGCAUGGCAGUCAAAUCUGGGCCCGAUGAAUGAUUAUGUUAUAUAAAUCACCAGGUUCCUCCAGGCAGCAGUCAUUGCCAUUGUAAUUGAUUCCUGAUGAGACUGUUUCUUGAUUUGCUGGUGCUGUAACCACUGAUGCUGAUUGUUCUCAUCUCCUGAAAUUGUAUUUAGUAACAGCAUUCAACAAAUAUUACUCAAGUGGUUAUUGUAUAUGGGACCAGGCUCUGGGGGUAAAAAAUGAGUAUGACAGCCCUGUCUUUGAGGAGACAAGUGUUUCAGGAGGAAACAGACAAGAUGAGCAUCCUAACAGAGGUACGAACAGGAAGCUAGCAAAGCUCCUAUUGGAGGGUGGUGAGGUGAAUCGGGGAAUGUCCCUCCAGAAAAUCCAGAGAGGCUAAUGGGAGUUACACAGGCAAAGGAGAAAUGGAAGGGAGGUGACAGAGGAAGAAGAGUAUUAUAGGUGGAGGGAAAUUUCUCCUUGAAAACAAAGGAAUCACAUUCAAUGUGUGACCUAGAAUUUCAGUGGGCGUCUCCUCUGGCAAGAAAUUGAGUAGAAGGAUGGCUGCAUUUUGGAAUGUUCAAAGUGUGGAGAGGAUGCUAUGUGUACUGUAGUAAGUGCAAAACAAUGGGUUGGAUUUUUAAAAAUUUUAUGUACACACAUAUUUAUCUCUAUAGUAUGACGUGACAUAGAAGUUACAGCCUGUUGAAAAGUUUAUGCCAUAAAAAUAACAAUUCGAGUUCACUUCCUGUGAGUGGCCUAGGGUUUUUAAGACAAGGAAGAAUAAUAGGAUGUCAAGGGCCAAAUAUAGACAUGGAUGUUUUAGAAUCCUUUGCUUUUCUGAUCUCAGAGCACGUGGCAUUUGGUGUAAUUGAAUCCAGGACAGAUGGGUGCAAGCCCCAUUCAACUUUGGAGGGAAACCAGUUAACAAGCAUGUGUCCAAAUGUAGGAUUAAACUUGCAAGGCAAGCGAGUGGCUUCCAAUAACACUUAGGAAACACUAAUUAGUGAGAGGGAAAUACUUUGUCAAAUGGUUUGAGAAUAGUAAAUACAAAUGCAACAAGGGAACAUUGUUUUUAGUUACAAUUUAUAUUGUUCUAGAAGAAAUGGGGCUGCAGGUGCUUUCUACAGACAAAAUGAAUCCCAAAUACAUUUACCUAAGGCUUCUAGAAAUAAUACAAAUGUGUCUUUAAAAGCUCAGAUACAUAAAGCAGUAGCAUCCAAUUUGGAAGUCCUCUUGAUCUAAGCAGUCUGGUUUCUCUUUGGUAAGUUGCCUGUUUCCAGACUAUAAAUGAAACAAAAUAAUCACUAUGUUAAUAGAGAUGAAUAUAUGGAAGAUAAUUUUUUUCUUUUGGGCUUAUAGAACUCCAGGAGGGAAAAGAUGAAAGCCAAAAGUAGAAAAAGAUUCAAAGGAAACAAAUUGCAAUUUUAGUUUUCUAAAUCAGGGGUGGGUGAACAUUUUCUGCAAAAGGCCAGAUAUUUUAGGUUUAGUGAACAUGCAGUUGGUCUCUGGCAACUGCUCACCUCUGCUGGUGUAGUGAGAAAGCAGUCAUAGACAAGUAAGUAAACGAAUGGGUGUGACUAUGUUCCAAGAAGACUUUAUUUAUGGAUGUUGAAAUUUGUAUUUCAUGUAAUUUUCAUUUCAUAAAAUGUUAUUCUUUUAAUUUUUUCCAACCACUUAAAAAUGUAAAAACAAUUUUACUCACCCUGUGCUAGAUCUGAGACAAUUAUCUCCCCACAGGUUUGUUCUGUUAGAAAGUCCUUGGUUGAAAAGCAACAUGCUUUCCUUUUAAAGUUUUCAUAAAUUUAUUAAAUAAUGAUGUUUUCCCCCACUGGUGUUUUCCUAGGUUUUUCUAGAAUGCUCUGUGCUCUCAUAACACUUUCUAACAUCUGUUGUCAUCAUGCAUUUAUUAAGCACUCACCAUGAACUGAAAUGCUGGGGACAGACGUCAGAGGAAAAGAAAAUAUUAGCAAUAGAAAGUGGUACAGAAGCUCCUCUAUUUAUGGAAUUUCAACUCGUGCACUUUCAGAGAUACAAACAAAACCAUACUCUGGAGCAAAGCCCUCUGGCUCUCUCUUCACCACCAAAAUAUGCGUCAAGAGGUUCUGGGAGCUCUUUUAGUUUCUGCCCUUUUUAAAAAGAAUUUCUCAUUUUUCAGUCUAUGGAAUAUUUGCUGUGUUUCUGCUAGGUGUUGAGGAAUUUUGCCAGGAACCCCAUCUUAUGUGAUAACCUCAGAGGACUUGAAAGAAGAAAGUGCUAGUAAGAAGUAGUAGAAGUAAAGGCAAGAUAGAAACAAUUUCUUUUUAAUUGAAAUAGGUCAGAAAAAUUGUUGUAAGCCCUUUGGCAGGAAGAAUGAUUUUGAGGACAAAGAUCCCAUCAUACAACCUGAGAGAAGCUCUGUACUUGUGUAAUAAUAGCAAACAUUGAUACAGAGCUUCUAUGUGCCUGGCUGUGUUUUAAGUGAUUACACAAUCACAUGAGUGUGCAUGUACACUAAUUUAAUCACCACCAAAAAAGUGUUAAUCAACUAAUGAGCUCACGAAAUGAUUGAUGAAACAGUGAAAUUUGAACGUGGCUCCGGAAUUAGCAUCGUAGGCCUAUUUGUGUUAAUUUAAGAGAAGGAAACAAAUCUGGUAAGUGUACCCAGUCAUGGAUGGUUCCAUGGGUUUGCAGCUUUUGGCAUCUGCCCAACCUUAAAGUAAGAGGCAGAACAGCAAUGCUAUUUUGGGGUAAUAUUACGGAUGCUAAAGCUGUUGAGGAAUUCCCUGUGGUGCUUGUGGGCAGAUUACCCAUUUCAGAAGAUUUUCAGUGUAUGAAAUGAAACAGAUCGAAUGUAGGCAAAGAUGUCAGUCAAAGCAUUUAUCAGUAAGGAGGAGCACGAAAAGAUCGACUCAUACCUCACCCAGGUGGAAAUCUGGAGGUUGCAAGCUUCUACCCUGUUCAAGACCUCUGGACGUAGGAACAAGGUCAUACAUAGCCUUUAGAGCUUAACAUGUAUUCAACCAAAAAGCACAGUGGACUCUGUCUGUGCUCUGCCCGGAAUAUCUCAGAUCUUUUACCAGUUCUGUGUGCCUGUCCCAUUCACCAGCUUCUGUGUAGUUUUGCUUCUAAUGACCAACAUCUGUGAGCACUCUGUGGGGUUCUGGAGCAGUUGCCCUAUAUUCACAAAGAGCAGGAAGUGCCUGGGAGUUUACAUCACCCUGGGGGCAGGGCGUCCCACAGCCCAUGACUGACUGAUGUGUGUGAAAAUAUUAAAGUCCAAAUUCUUUGGCGAAGGCGGGACAAAGUUUAGAUGUAAUUAAUACCCCAGAGCUUCCCUCAGGACCAGACUGAGACUGGGACUUUGCUAGAAAUCACACCCUUACUUGGCUUUAUUCCCUUCCCUACCCUGUUGUGCUCACCCCUUACCAGUUUCUCCUGGGAACAGGUUCUUAAUAAAUCAAUUGCACAUCAGUCUUUAUCUUAGUAUCUGCUUCUGAGGAACUCUACCUAAAGCAACAAGCACAUAUAUUAUUAAGACAGAGAAAUAUCGUAAGGCUUUACCUUAAGUCAGCAAUGAAAUAUUGAAUGAAAGAAUGGACUGAAUGAAUUGAUAGAAGCCAGCUUUGCACUACUCAUGUUGCAGUUAGGGAAACAGAAAAAGGAUAAAAUAUUGAAACAGUGACUGUUACAUUUUAGAGUUUGAAGGGCGUAUAGUGAGACUGCCCACAUAGUGCAGCCUCUCUGGCUGAUGGUAAUCUAGGUUCAGCUUACAUAUGGCCAGGGAAGAAGAUACUACCACCUCCUGGGACUGUUGCCUUCCAUCUAGAUUUGUUAUAAAGUCAGUCCUUCCUUCCUCUUUCCCUUUCUCCCUCCCUCCCUUUCUUCCUUCCUUAUUUCCUUCCUUCUACUUUAUGGAGGUAAAAUUCACAUGCCAUACAAGUCAUUCAUUUAAAGUGAACAAUUCCUUGGUCUUUAACAUAUUCAAAGUUGGGUAACCACUAUUAACAUAAAUUUCAGAACAUUUUCAUCACCCUGUAAAGAAACACUGUACCCUUUAGCUAUCCCCCCCUCAACUCCUCAACCCCCAAGCUCUGCAGUCCUAGGCAACCCGACAUCUACUCUGUGGAUUUGCUUAUUCUUGACAUUUUGUAUAAAUGAAAUAAUAUAAUAUGUGGUCUUUUGUGACUGACUUCUUUCAAUUAGCUUACAAUUUUCGAGGUUCAUCUACGUUUUAUCAGUAUUUCAUUCCUUUUAAUGGCCAAGUAAUCUUUCAUUGUAUGGAUAGAUCAUAUUUUGUUUAUUCAUUCAUCAGUUGAUGGAAAUUUGGUUUGUUUGUACCUUUUGGCCAUUAUGAAUAAUUCUACCAUAAACAUAUGUAUACAAGUUUUUGUGGACAUAUGUUUUCAUUUCUCUUGGCUAUAUACCUAGGAGUAGAAUUGCUAAGUCAGAUACAGAAAGUUCUUUCUUAUAUUUGGACAAAAUCUGAGUCUCCUUAACUUCCACACUUGGUACUUAUCCAGCUUUCUGAAGAAAUAUGGACAAGACUUUCUUAUGUAUGACAUCCCCUCAAAUUAUUCAUCAUCUUUAUGUCCUCCUUCAACUUUCAAAGACUGAAUAUCUUCUGUUCUUUCAAUCAUUCCACUGCAAAAAUGGGACUUACAGAAAUGCAAACUGAUAGCUUUGAGGUUGUCAUAUUGUCUGUUAUAAUGUACAAAACAGCUUUCUUUUGUUCCAAAUCUCAGACUUUCCCAUCAACAACAGGGAACAAGUGGCUAAGUUUAUUUUGCUAAGAUAAGAGAAAACAAAUUAUUUUCUGGGUAAGAAGGCUUUUCGAUAGACUCUGCAUGGGUUUUCCCUUUGGAAAAUCAAGAGGACUAAUGAUUUGUGUAGUUUAUGUAUACAUUUGUCAUUUCUUGACAUGUUAAUGUGAGAAAAAAUUUUGUGCUUCUGAAAAAUAAAAUUGGAUUGAAAUCAAUUAUCUUAAGAGCUUUAAAAGAAAUCACGUGUAGCAUUCUUUUUAUUCUUAGUCAUGAAGACAAUGGGGAGAAAACUUGACAAAACCACAGGAAAAUGUAGCAAGUUACUUAGCAGGCUCUGGGUUGUGCUGAACUGGGCCAAAUGUUAUGGUCAUUUCUUCUUCUGUAGCUAUGAAUGGAUCUAAUCCUUGCUUGUUAGUCAUACACUUAGGACUAUUUUCCACCUUCUUUUAACGUUAAAUCCAGAGCUCAGGAUGGCUUCUGACUUUGUCUCAUGCUAUCUGCAUGACGUUGGACAAAUCACCCGGACUUUAUGAGUUUCAGUUUCUGCAUCAUACUACCACUACAUCAGUGGCUUUCAAACUGUGUUGCAUGGGAUAACAACCAAAGAAUCUCACUAAAAAUGUCAAUGGUGUGCUGCUGCAAGGAAUUGUGCAAGUAGGCUCUGGGGAGGUCCUCAAAAUCUAUUUUUAAAAACCCACCCAAGUGAUGCUGAUGCCCAUGGUCCUGAAGACCAUACCUUCAAAAACACUGACUAGCCAUUUCCUUCUGGUCCCUCUUCCUCUUGUUCUGUAUUCCACUGAAAGGGAGAAGAAAUCUUAUUAUCUUUCCAGGUAAUAUCUUUUCAUCUGUGCUGUGUGCAAGGACAUGAAGGAAGACAACUAAAGUUGAAAUAAUGAAAAAAGUCCCAGUCUGAUGCUUAGAUUCUGAUUUAUUAGAAUUAUUUUGACCAUAACAAUUUUAACCAUAAAGUAGGGUUUCUUAACCUUGGUACUGUUGACAUUUGGGACCAGAUCAUUCUUUGCCUUGUGUGUGGGAGGCUGUCCUGUGCAUUGUAGGAAGUUGAGCAGCAUAUCUGGCCUCUACCUGCUAGAUACCAGUAGCAUCUCCCCCUCCCUCCAAGUUACAGCAACCAGAUAUGCCUCCAGAUAUUGUCAAAUGCGCCCUAAGGGGCAAAUCUGCCCCUGGCUGAGAACCACCUUCAUAAGGCAUGGUCCCCAAAGAAAAUAAUCAAGAAAUUACGCUUGGAGCAGUUUUCUUCGGUUGGUUCUUACUGCACAGCAAGGCAAAGAAGGCCCUGCUAAACUGUUGGUUCUUGACCUUUAUGUACCAAGCAUUCCUGGGGGAUCUGGAACUCCCUGGCUUAUCCUCUCUAUUUGCUGGAUUAAUGGGAUACAGACAGUUUAAGUGACUUGGCAGGAGAAGGACAUUCUGUUUUAUUCUCCUCAUUUUAUUACACUCCUGACAACAAAUUCUUAACAUUUGCCUUAUAUGUUCUGCUCCCUAUCAUUAUCACAAGAUAGAUUAGUUGGCGGGAGGAGGGGAGGGAAACCAAUAUAUGCAAAAUUGCUUUGAAACCUGCAGGCACCAGAGUAAUGCCAGGUGUCAUCAUUCAUCCUACUCCUGAGCCUCUGAAGCCAGGGGUUUCUUGAGGUUAUAAAAGUGGUUUUUUUAGGGGGGUGACUAGUCAAGCACUCCAAAGAACUCCAGAGUGGUCAGUUUUGAUCACACAGAUGGCCAAUUUUUACCCAGUCUGUUAGCCUUUUAACAACACACAGUGUUGCGUGGAGACCCACUUGUGUAUGGGUCUUCAACGAUGGGUGGAGACCCAGGGCUCAGCUCUACUCUUCUGCUCUGGAGAACUUUCUCUUUGUUUUCUUGGGUGGUGCAAGACCUACUUCACUGAAAGAAAAUGUGUUGUUGGUGUGAGAGGUACUGCUAAGUGGAAAUUAUUAAAGGAUGAAUUCCUUAUGUCUGUGAAAGAUUUCUCCGCCUUGGCACUCUAGACAUUUGGGACCAGAACAUUCUUUGUUGUGAAGGCCGUCCUGUGCAGUGCAGGAUGUUUAGCAGCAUCUCUGGUCUCCACCCACUGGAUGCAAGUGACACCCUUCCCCUGCAGUUGUGGCAGCCAAAGAUAGCUUCAGAUAUUGCCAAGUUUCUCCUCAGUGGCAAAAUUUCCCCUGUUGAGAAUCACUGGCCUAGGAGGUGUGGAUGGGACACCAGCAAUCUAAUGAAUGGGCCUGAUUUGUCAAAAAGAAUCUCCACCUUGAAACAUACUGGAAUGGCCUGCAAAGAGAUUGGGGUCAACUACCAUUUACAUCUCAACUCCACCAUUUAUUAGGUAUGCAAAACAGGUUAAUUAACCUCAUAAAUAAAAUUAAGAUAAUCAUACUUUCCUUCCCAGUUGUUCUGAGGAUCCAGAUGUUUGCAAAGCAUCUAGUUGAGCCUGUGAUGUAGGUGCUUAAUGAAUAGUGGAAUUGUUACCAUUUCAAACAAUAAUUCUAGCACCUGCGGUGUUGGUGUUGUCAUGGGAAUUCUGCAGGCUUUAGACAACUGAAACACUGUGCAACUGUGCAGAAGAAAGGAGAUUAUGAUCAGAGGAAUGAAGGCAAUAGACUAACAUUAGAUUAUGGAUAUAAAUGAAAAAUCAUUUCUUAAUUCCCAAAUGGUUAUUUGGAAAGUCGUAGCUGGAGAAAUUGCGGCCUCUCCUUUUUGCCUAAUGACCCUUGAAUAGAACAUAUAUAUUAGAAAUGUCUCUUUUUAGGCACUUUUUAAGGACACCCUCCCUGGCUCUGUGGCAUGGAGUAGAAAUUCUUCAGUGAAAAUAUCAAAACGGUAAAAACAAGAUAAACCAAUAAUACCAAAUAGAACCUACUGUAAUGGUCAUUUAUUUCCUCACCCUUCCUCACUUGUUUUCUUUCCCUGAAUUCUCGGAUUAUCAUAUUCUCGACUCCAGUUGAUGCAUAACUUUAUGAUAUUCUUUGUACUAGGGUUUGAGGCCAAAGACAAUGGUACUAUGCUGUGCCAGGAUGUUCUCCUCUCUCUUCUCCAUCUCUCCUAUGUGACUGCAGCUCCAGCUGCAGGAAUUCCUCCUUCACUGGUCUUCAGCCCAGCUGUCUUCAGGCUGGGGGUUGUCUCCCUAAACUUACCUGGAAAAAGGAAUGAGAACCUUCAUUCUUCCUUAGAUUUCUUCUAUCUCCAUAUCCCUGGAAGGAUUAAGAGGGUGGGAAGAAAUUAUGGCUAUAGAGUAAAAUGAUAAUUCCUGAAAUGGCAUAUAUGUUUACAGUUGUCAGGCUGAGAUUUUACCCCCACUUUGCUGAAAUUCUGCCUAAUGAGAUGUCCUCCCUCAAAAGCACAUUCAGUGUAUCCAUUGCUCCUGUCUGUGCGUGUGGGUGAAGUCGGCCUUAUCACUGCCAAUGCCAGGGCCUUAGCAGGGCUGGUAGGUCCUUCACUUAUAGGAGACACAUGAUUUCAGCCAAGGAGGGCCUUAAGCUGCUACUCCAGCUCUCCUUUCUGAUCCUGGAGUUUGAUUUCCUUAAUUUCAUCUUUGUAGCCCCAUGAAAAAGUCUUAAAAAAGAGACAACUCUAAACUGUGUUCAGUCUUCAUAUAAACUGUGUUCAGUCUGUUUAUACAAUAGUGUAAAUAAAGAUUCUAAUUAAUACAGUUUGGAAAACUGUUAGGCAUUGUCUAGUAAAGUUGAAGAUAUGCAUGCCUAUGACCCAGCAAUUAUAUUCCUGGGUUUGGACCCUAUAAAAAUGCAUGCACAUAUGCACAAGGAGAUAUGUAUAAUGAUGUUCAAGCAGUGUGGUUUUCAGUGGUCCAAGAUUGAAAAGGACAUAAAUGUCCAUCAACAGUUACAAAGAUAAAUAGUAAUAAACACAUAUAAUGGAGUACUAGACAGCAAUUGGAAUGAACAAACAACAGCUACAUACAGCAAACAUGGAUGAACCUCAGAAACGGAAUGAUGAGCAAAAGAAGUCAGCUAUAAUAAAAACAUACUUAUGAAUCUGUUUACAUAAAGUUAGGAAACAGGCAACACUAAGCUCUAAUAUUUAUGGAUGCCUGACUUCCUAAAAGGCAGUGGAUUUCAACCAGGGGUGAUUAUGCCUUUCCCCACUCCCUGGGGGACAUCUGCAAUAUCUAGAGUCAUCUUUGGUUGCCACAAUUGGCGUAGGGGGAAUAAUACUGGCAUGUAGUGGGUAGAGGCUGGGGAUGAUGCAAAACAUUCUGCAAUGUCCAGCCUCUACCAUAAAGAAUGAUUGGUUCCCAAAUGUCAAGAGUGCUGGGGUUGAGAAACCCUGCUGUAAAAGGGAAGUGAAGAAGUGAAGUCAUGGCAGUGUCUACCACUGGGAUGGAGGAGGGAAAUACAGCCAAGGGACAUGGGGGUCUAGGGUACUAGCAAUAUUUUAAAUUUUGACCUCAGUGAAGGUUAGACAGGUGAAUGUUUUGUAACAAUUCAUUAAGCUGCACAUUAUAUGCUAUUGAUUUUUCCAUUUCAAAAUGUUAAAAAUACUCCAGGGGCUAGAUUAACAGGACAAUAAGAUGGCAUAGUGUGGGCACUGGGUUUGGGGGAGGGGGUUCCCCAUCUAAGAGGGUCUCAUAGUAACUCUGUUAACAAUGGUGGGGCUGGGCCUUCAAGAAGGGCCUGUCCUGCCAUCUGAAGUGAUUUUUAGUACUCAGAUGGGCCCUCAGCUCUUCCUACACUCUGAAGUUGAAUUUGCUUCCACAGAUUUGGGUAAAGUUUUUCUGAAAAGAGUAAUCACCCUUGCAUUGGCAUUAACUGUGGAAAAUUUUAACUCAGCCUAUAGGCAGGCAGAAUAAAUGCAAACAAGUAUUUUAAUUUAAAUGCUCUGGCAGAAAGGGCAGCAUUCAGUUCUGGAAAUGCUGUAAUGUUUAGGGACAGGAAGACAUGGAAAUUCCACAGUUAGCAGGGCACGUUUUCUCUUAAAGGUGAUGCUAGUAGAGUAACUCAUACAGAUUAUUUUUAAGUCCUCUCUGGGGUGAAUGAUAAACAUCAGAUAAAUUUAUUAUUUUUUAAAAAAGAAAAACAAACAAAAAAGAACAUUAGCCUAGCAGGCUCUUAACCAACAAAUUGGAUGAACUUCAGCCUCCUCUGAAGUGAGGUUUUAUGUGCUUCUUGCUGCCUUUUUAUCUCUCUCCAUUACCCCAAAGGAUCAAAUGUACAUUUUAAAACCACAUGCCAUGUCAAUAUACAGUUUAGUUGACCUAGAACAAUACCUGUGCAUAGUAUGCACUUAAAAAUAUUUAUAAAGUGUGGAAUGAUAGACAAUGGACACUCAGAAGGGCAGUGGGGUGGAUGAUGGUGAAUUACUUAAUGGGCACAAUGUACAUUCUUCUGGUGAUGGAUACCCUAAAAGCCCUGACUUCAUCACUACACAAUCUAUCCAUGUAAUGAAAUUACACUGUUACCCCAUACAUUUAUACAAAUUAAAAUUUAAAAUUUAAAAUAAUAUUUGUUGAAUAAUGACCAAGUGAACAAAUAACAUGGGAAGGAUACUUGGAAGUAGAGAUAUGCAAAUAAGAAAUUUUGAUUAGAGUGGUGUUUUAAAUAUACCCUGAAAUAUAUUUAAAUGAAAUAAUGAAUAAUGUGUGAAAUUCAAAUUGUUUAAGAUUGAACAGACUUCUUAGAGUUCUGCAUGAUCUUCUAGAUCCUUUCUGGAGCUUUGAGCCUUACACAAUUGGACUAAGAAUUGAAGGAGGUGGAUGAUUCAUUCCAAGGUGAUUUAAGAGUCUUGCAGCAUGAACUGAUCAUUUCUUUAGGUGCUUUGCCCAAUCUCACAAACUCUUCAAACACAGAGAAAAAACAAUCCUAUUGCACUUGAACAUUUUACUCCAACUUAGCUAUGACACUUUAGCAAUAAAUAAUGCUAGAAGGCAGAAGUCAUUCCUAAAAUGUAAGUACACAGUGUGGGGCUGAUGGAGUAUUUUUGGCUUACAAGAAUGUCAUUUAGUGACUUACUACAUUUUUGAAAGAAAGAAUACAAACAAAAUCCAGGAUGACCCAGUUUUAAGAGGUGACUUACUCAGGGGUAAUGAUCAAAAGGCUAUGGUUAAGGUUUUAAGACCCAGGGAUCCACCUUGUGUUGUUUAAAUAUAUUAAUAAUUAAAUAGUAUUUGUAGGGAAAGGGAUUUUUAGCUUCAGGGGCUUAAAGGCAAGCGUGAUAGAAGAAAAAGUCCUAAGGCUGGAGUGUUCACCUUUAUGAAUAGACCACAGUGAAGUGAAAGUCCCUAAACUGGGGCUUGUCCAGGCCAUUGAAUUACAUCUGUACACACAUGCCCCCAUCAGGCUGCCCUGGCUGCAAUUCUCUGAAAGAUGCCAGAUGGUGAAGCUCAAGCUGGUUCUCUGUCUUAUUCUGAGGAUCUUUGAUGACUUUGCUCUAAAGGUUGCUUUUAGCAGCAGAACAGAGUGAGAGUAAAGAGGGAACUUUAGUGUGUCAUUUUUCGAGCUCUGCCUGGACAUGUCACAGAGCAAGGAAGGCCUCCAAGGUCAAUGGGCAUGCUCAUUUCUCCUACAAAGCAGAAGAAAGGAGACUUGGGUAGAUCAGGCUGUGGGAGAAUGAAAGACUUGGGCAAAUAGUUCAAUUGACUUUCUCAUAAGACAGGCAACACUGUUUGGAAGUUCCUGGGUUUGGCAAGGGAUUGAUUUUAAAUUUAUUUUUAUUUUUAUUUUUUAUUUUUGCAGUAUAAAAUACAUGUAGUGAAGGGUGUAAAUUACACUAGUCUGAACUGUACUGCACAGUGAAUGUUUACAUAUGGGUGUACUCUAGUAGCUGCCAUACAGAUCAAGAUAUAGAUCAUUUCCAGCACCCUAGAAGGUUCCCUUGUACCACCUUCCUAGUCAAUACCACCUUCCCACUUUGGUAACCACUGUUAUGACACCUAUUACCAUGGAUUCCAUUUGACUAUUGCACUUAAAUAUUUGAAUUUCAGUUGCAGAAUAAAUAAGUGAAAUCUUACAGUAUGUACACUUGUGUCUGAUUUCUUUCUCCCAACAUAAUGUCUGUGAGAUUAAUCCAUUUGUUCUGUGCAUCAGUAGCAUUUUCCUUUUUAUUGCUGAAUAGUAUUCCAUCAUGUGCACAGACUACAGUUGGUUUGUCAUGCAUCAGUUGGUGUACAUUUGGAUCGCUUUUAUUUGGGGCAAUUAUGCCUCAACACAGUAUGAGCAUUCUGGUAUAUGAUGAGAUUAUUGUACUCUGUAUAUCUAGGGGUGGAAUUUGCUGGAUUGGAAGGUAGGCCUGUGAUUGACUUUAGCAAAUAUAACGAUACAGUUUUCCAGGUGGAUAAACUGUCAUGGGACUAUCUAAUGGUAGAUUCCUCAGGCCACUUGCACCCCUGGCUUCACAUUCCCACUGCUAAUUAUAAUUAUGCUGCGAUUGUUUUAAAAUAUUACAUGCCAGUGGAUGGUUCAUUCAACUAAAUUGUAAGGGCUGAAAUUCAGGGGCCACAUCCAACUUUCCUCCCCUCUCCUCCCCUCUCCUCUUACACAGAGCAAGUGGAGAGUCAUUCAGCCGGUUCAGUACAGUGGGACCCUGACAAACUGGCACAAGCUACCCCCAAACACAUCUUCCACUUUGUAGCCACCCCUCUGGGGCUUGCAUUGAUUGAUUCAUGAGUCUGGAGUCUCUACUCUGGCCCCAGGCCUGGCCUUUGUCUGGGCUCAACUUGUGGGAGGCUGGACGUAAAUUACAGAAGGACAAGGCUGUGGAGGGAACUCGCUGAUCUUCUCCAAGGUGUUUUAAAGUGCAGGUUUCCAUGAGGGGAUUUCAGAGCAGAGGCCAGUUUUAAGGGUUAUUGUGAACCUACAGAAUGUGCCCUGCAAGCCCCCCUGGAACUCGGUUCACCCUAAGUGACCAGCAUCCUGGGCAGCCUUGUCCCCGCAGCAGUUCUCCUGGGUAGCAUGACUUGGUUCCUCUCAGUCCUGCCCUCCCCAAGGGUCCCCACAAUUUGAGACUCUCACAGAAGAAGGCUUUCUAGAAAGGGAAACUCUGCCCUCCCAGGAGAAGGCUCUGAAUCUCCUUCCACUGUCAGGCCCACACCUCCUUCAAAGUUAGUGAAAGUCUCUCUUUCUUGGAAACCCAAGUUCGCCUUCUCGCUGGCAUUAAAGGCUUUGGCAGUCCCCGCCUCAGCAGCCGGGGUCCCACGGGUCCGGGGAGGGUGGGGUGGCAGGAGGCAGGCGUGCCGGCCAGCCUGACACCUGUCGUGGGCGCGUUCGGCCUCCGCAGCCCCCAACAGCUGUCAGCGGCGGCGGCCGCCGGAGGGACCCGCCAGGAGCGGAAGGAAUUAAACGCCCGCCCAUCGCAUCAGACUCGGCCGCUCCCUCCUCCUCCUCCUCCUCUUCCCCCUCCCCCUUCGCUCCGCUGCCUUCUCCAGGUCCCCACCGGCUCCGCAGCGGCAGCGGGACGCUGUGCCAGGGGCGCUUUGCACAGCACUCGGCACGCACGGAGCAGGGCUCGCGCCCAGGGGCUGCCCCAGGAUGGCAGUGAAGUACGGGGAACUCAGAGAGACACCGUGACCUCAGGCUGAGCCCAAGGCGCGCCACUCCUCCCGGAGGCGACAUGGGGCACCCGGUGUACCGCGGCGAGAAGCCCCAGCUGCACUACGCGGGUGAUUUCACCUGGAACAGCAUGUCAGGCCGCAGUGUACGGCUGAGGUCAGUCCCCAUCCAGAGUCUCUCAGAGCUGGAGAGGGCCCGGCUGCAGGAAGUGGCUUUUUAUCAGUUGCAACAGGACUGUGACCUGAGCUGUCAGAUCACCAUUCCCAAAGAUGGACAAAAGAGAAAGAAAUCUUUAAGAAAGAAACUGGAUUCACUAGGAAAGGAGAAAAACAAAGACAAAGAAUUCAUCCCACAGGCAUUUGGAAUGCCCUUAUCCCAAGUCAUUGCGAAUGACAGGGCCUAUAAACUCAAGCAGGACUUGCAGAGGGACGAGCAGAAAGAUGCAUCUGACUUUGUGGCUUCCCUCCUCCCAUUUGGAAAUAAAAGACAAAACAAAGAACUCUCAAGCAGUAACUCAUCUCUCAGCUCAACCUCAGAAACACCGAAUGAGUCAACGUCCCCAAACACCCCGGAACCGGCUCCUCGGGCUAGGAGGAGGGGUGCCAUGUCAGUGGAUUCUAUCACCGAUCUUGAUGACAAUCAGUCUCGACUACUAGAAGCUUUACAACUUUCCUUGCCUGCUGAGGCUCAAAGUAAAAAGGAAAAAGCCAGAGAUAAGAAACUCAGUCUGAAUCCUAUUUACAGACAGGUCCCUAGGCUGGUGGACAGCUGCUGUCAGCACCUAGAAAAACAUGGCCUCCAGACAGUGGGGAUAUUCCGAGUUGGAAGCUCAAAAAAGAGAGUGAGACAAUUACGUGAGGAAUUUGACCGUGGGAUUGAUGUCUCUCUGGAGGAGGAGCACAGUGUUCAUGAUGUGGCAGCCUUGCUGAAAGAGUUCCUGAGGGACAUGCCAGACCCCCUUCUCACCAGGGAGCUGUACACAGCUUUCAUCAACACUCUCUUGUUGGAGCCGGAGGAACAGCUGGGCACCUUGCAGCUCCUCAUAUACCUUCUACCUCCCUGCAACUGUGACACCCUCCACCGCCUGCUACAGUUCCUCUCCAUCGUGGCCAGGCAUGCCGAUGACAACAUCAGCAAAGAUGGGCAAGAGGUCACUGGGAAUAAAAUGACAUCUCUAAACUUAGCCACCAUAUUUGGACCCAACCUGCUGCACAAGCAGAAGUCAUCAGACAAAGAAUUCUCAGUCCAGAGUUCAGCCCGGGCUGAGGAGAGCACGGCCAUCAUCGCUGUUGUGCAAAAGAUGAUUGAAAAUUAUGAAGCCCUGUUCAUGGUUCCCCCAGAUCUCCAGAACGAAGUGCUGAUCAGCCUGUUAGAGACCGAUCCUGAUGUCGUGGACUAUUUACUCAGAAGAAAGGCUUCCCAAUCAUCAAGCCCUGACAUGCUGCAGUCGGAAGUUUCCUUUUCCGUGGGAGGGAGGCAUUCAUCUACAGACUCCAACAAGGCCUCCAGCGGAGACAUCUCCCCUUAUGACAACAACUCCCCAGUGCUGUCUGAGCGCUCCCUGCUGGCUAUGCAAGAGGACGCCGCCCCGGGGGGCUCGGAGAAGCUUUACAAAGUGCCAGGGCAGUUUAUGCUGGUGGGCCACUUGUCGUCGUCAAAGUCAAGGGAAAGUUCUCCUGGACCAAGGCUUGGGAAAGAUCUGUCAGAGGAGCCUUUCGAUAUCUGGGGAACUUGGCAUUCAACAUUAAAAAGCGGAUCCAAAGACCCAGGAAUGACAGGUUCCUCUGGAGACAUUUUUGAAAGCAGCUCCCUAAGAGCGGGGCCCUGCUCCCUUUCUCAAGGGAACCUGUCCCCAAAUUGGCCUCGGUGGCAGGGGAGCCCCGCAGAGCUGGACAGCGACACGCAGGGGGCUCGGAGGACUCAGGCCGCAGCCCCCGCGACGGAGGGCAGGGCCCACCCUGCGGUGUCGCGCGCCUGCAGCACGCCCCACGUCCAGGUGGCAGGGAAAGCCGAGCGGCCCACGGCCAGGUCGGAGCAGUACUUGACCCUGAGCGGCGCCCACGACCUCAGCGAGAGUGAGCUGGAUGUGGCCGGGCUGCAGAGCCGGGCCACACCUCAGUGCCAAAGACCCCAUGGGAGUGGGAGGGAUGACAAGCGGCCCCCGCCUCCAUACCCGGGCCCAGGGAAGCCCGCGGCAGCGGCAGCCUGGAUCCAGGGGCCCCCGGAAGGCGUGGAGACAGCCACGGACCAGGGAGGCCAAGCAGCCGAGCGAGAGCAGCAGGUCACGCAGAAAAAACUGAGCAGCGCCAACUCCCUGCCAGUGGGCGAGCAGGACAGUCCGCGCCUGGGGGAUGCUGGCUGGCUCGACUGGCAGAGAGAGCGCUGGCAGAUCUGGGAGCUCCUGUCGACCGACAACCCCGAUGCCCUGCCCGAGACGCUGGUCUGAGCCCGCACCCAGCCGAGCCCCCCCUGCCCCGAGCCCCCCGCCCUCCAGCCCAGGGGGGACCGUGGGUGGUGGCCACUGGCACACUUAGUGUUCUUCUUUCACACUUCUCAAAAGUGACACAAGAGAAAUCCCGUUCACCUACAGAGGUAGAGCACUCACGCCCCCGCCAUUGAGAAUAAGGUUCCAUUGCGUAGCCAGCCUUAGGAAAAACAAACAGAACCCAAACCAGAUGGCAGUGUCCAAUCUAAAAACGUCCCUCUUGGCUCUAUAAUAUAAGAUACAACUCUUGCUUGGUAUAGCCUAACCGUAUUUAUGUGUCUUCGGUUUUGACUAUUGUGUAUUCUGUAACAGAUUAUGUAUAAUCAUAUAUGAUAUAUUCACAAAGAGAAAACAAAAGGAACUUUUUUAAAAAAAUCACUUCACUUAUAUUAAGCAAUGAGAUAUACUAAACAAUGAGAUUCUAUAGAAUUUUCUAGGAUGUGCACAAGCGGGUUUCUGUGCUUUUGCCAUAGCUUUAUAACUGGGGAUAACCCUUCCUUCGAUACCAAACACUAACAAGAGGAAGCAGAGUAUGAGAAGCCAUAUUUUUACAUAGGAGUCAGAUACAAAAAAAAAAUCACUGAAUGCUUUUAGAUAUUGAAUACGUUUUCAGGAAAAUGCUAAAUCUGAUAGAUUACAAAAUAUAUUUUUAGAACUUGUUUAGAAAGGAUUCAGUUAACCAAACAAGAAAAAGGCAGUGCCUCACAAAGAAAUUAAGAAGUUGUCCGUCCCACGUUACAUCAAAUUCAGUUUUAUAUAGGCCAUAUAUAAUAUAUAUUUAUAAUGUAUAAUUUUUAUGUAUUUUUCAAAAUUACAAACUGGAAUCCAACUAUAAAGUGUUUAAGAAUCUACAUAGAAUAUUCAAAUUAUAGAACAUGUUUUUUCCCUUUGCCCCAUAAUCAGUAUUUGCCAAAUUACAUGCAAUUCCUUAAAAACUAAAUCACAUUUGGUAAAAGGCCUACAGCUUUGUACUUACAUUGUGCCAAAGGCUGAGGAAAUGUUUUCUUUCGUAAUUUUAUGUGUAUUGUAAAAUGUUCUACCGUACUUUAGUAGUUUGAAGUUUUUCAAGUGCAUAACUAUUUUUGACCAGCAGAUGGCGAUACGCUUCAGUAUUUUAUGCAAUUUUUUUUCACUUCUGAAGGGAAAGUGUAUUAUAAAAAAAGAUUUUUUUUUUUUUUAUAAAACAUGCUACUCUUAAUUUUCAUGUUGGUGAUGAAAUUUCCAGUGGUGUUUCUUAAGGUUCUAUCUUGUGCCAUGAUGAAUAAAAAGUUAAGCAAAG